UUCGCGUUGACUUGAGUGUUCCAUUUUAAUCAAAAGAAAACUAAAAAUUAAAUACCUUACCUAUUAAAAUAUUAAAUAAAAUCAAUUUGUUGUAUAUCCUUUUUUGCAUUUAAGCUACUUCGCCUCGGCUUCUUUUGUUCUUUACAUAUUACAGGGAAAUCAUCAAAAAUGGCUAUUAUGUUUAGUGUUGUUGCCCGCGGCACUGUGGUUUUAGCGAAAUAUGCAACCUGUGCUGGUAAUUUUACUGAAGUUACUGAACAAAUACUAUCAAAGAUUCCGCCCCAUGAUGACAAACUUACGUAUUCGCACGGAAACUACCUAUUUCAUUAUAUAGCGGAAAAUAAGCUUGUUUAUUUCUGCAUUACUGACGAUAAAUUCCAACGUUCAAGAGCUUUCCUGUUUCUAAAUGAAAUUAAGAGAAGAUUUGUAUCAGCAUUUGGUGAUACGGCUCAAACAGCUAUACCUUAUGCUAUGAACAGUGAAUUUGCUCGAGUACUGGCCACUGAAAUGAAGCAUUAUAGUGAAUCCAAGGAUUUGGAGACCAUAUCUAGGGUGCACGGGGAGUUGGAUGAACUAAAAAAUAUUAUGGUCAAAAACAUUGACAAUAUGGCAAUGCGUGGAGAAAAACUGGAGCUUCUUGUAAACAAAGCUGACAAUUUGGCAACAAGUUCUGUUUCGUACCGCGCAUCCGCGAGGACACUACAACGUUCGCUGUUCUGGAAGAAUAUAAAAAUGUACGUGAUCUUGAUAUUAGUAGCCGCGCUGGCGGUGUACCUCAUCGGUGCUAUGGCGUGCGGCGGGCUCGCCUGGAGGACCUGCGUCGGUUAACCUGUUGACUAUAUUCCUAUGCAUAUUAUAUUAUAUACCAAUGAAAUCAUUACUUUAAGGCAGGAACAAAUCCAACACCCAACCUGACCUGUCGUGGCGACACGACACGUGUACCGUGAACAGGACACACCACCCUGAGCCACGCGACACCAUGCUCUGCUUGUUAUAAUUAUAUCAAUGGAAAAUUCGUGAAACGGGCUGUUGUAUAGUACCUUCGUUGUUGACCCAACACCCGUCAUGACGGCGUGGAUAUUGCCAAUUUAUUAUCUGUUAUAAAUGCUUUUGUGAAAACCUAUACUUCCUGUUCUUUCUGUUGUAAAUUCUAAAAUAGAUUUUUACUUUCCAUAAAGUCUGCUAGUGUGGGCGUAAACUUUAUAUUUUUAGUACAAGGCAAAGUUUAUUUUACCACAUAAAAUAUGUAACCUUAAAUAGUAUGGAAACUAGACCCGAUGUAUAAAAUAGAGUUAGCUGUAUUGCACGUUUGAUCUUCUCUGUUUCUACUUCUGACUGUGAUUUUCUCUGUUUCUAUAUUACAAACGUUUACUGCGAGCGUGUUCCACAGUCAACCGAACUGAAUGACGUUAUGACGGGUGUUGACGUGUUUUUGGAGAGACAAAAUUUAAAAAUGUUAUGAGAUUUUUAUGACGCGUGGCGCUGGGUGGGUUAACCGCGACGUGGGGUGUGUCCAGAGUAUUCCUACCAUCACAGUCCAACCCAUAUAGUCACUGUAACGACACUUCAUUCAAGCGUAGGGAUUUUAUUUUAUAUUGCACACGACACUAUUAUUUUUUUGUAUUUGUUAAAUAUUUUACUGCGUAAGAAAAUAUAGACCAACGAGCGAUUACUAUUUCUUCGUUAAACAAAUACCAACGCUAUUAAGACGUCCUGGCACUAAUUGACAUUAAAAAGAAUGUCUUUUUACCAAUAAUAAUAUUAAACGAAUUUUCGACUAGUGUUCAGCAAUCACUGUAAAAAUGUUUGUUUUGUUUAACCAGACUAGAUGGCAGGUGAGUUUUUUGGACUUUAAUCAUAUUGCGCUAUUGCUGAUAUAAAAAUAGUUUUCACAAUAAUGAAAUGAAGUCAUUUUAUAACGAAAAAUCUUUUAACGACAUGAUAUGAAGUAUCUACUAGGAUACCAUACUUUUGAAACAUCGAGACUAGCUAGCUCCUAAAGCAAUUUUAAUAGCAAUUUCGAUUAGUUGCAAUAUUGUCGCUCUGCAGGAGUCAAGUUUUCAAGUAUCGGAAUCAAGUAGGUACUAAAAACCCAAAUUCAAAUCCAUUGUAAACUGUAUCCACGCGACAUCGCGUAGAAACGCUAAAACGUUUGGUUGCAAGUCUUUGUCGGUAAAGUGUAAACUAGCUACGAUCAAAGCGUCCCAUCAUAAAUAAUAUUAAUAUUAUUUCUAUUUCGAAGAUGAAGUUUUAUUGAUAAACCUCCGUCAUUUUAAACACGUCCAUUGAUGUUGGUUGACAAAGUGGGAAUGAGCAACUUCCGUCCCGCGUCCCAUACGAUAUUCGCCGCAGUUUUAACAGAUAUAGAAAUAAAGCUGUACUACUUGCCGUUUCAUGGGCAUUUGCGCUAAGAGCCGAAGAAACGACGGUGGUUUUGUAUGUAAAAAGGUGCUGAAUCUGUUGUAUACAAAUCUCUGCAGUAACCUCAAUUGACAGGUUAAAAAAUAGUGCUGUCCUUUUCUACAGAGAGAGUUGUGAAGAGGAUGGAACAGCUUUAAACCUGUCCAUUCAGUUUAGUUUAGAAAUUUGUGUGCAGCCGAAAUGGCACUCUUGAGUCCUUCAAGCGAUCCCUUAUAGAUAAAAGACUCGUAAAUUAUUUCCUUGAAAGAUACAGAUAAUACACAUCAUUUAUUAAUUUAUCUAGAAAUAGACUUUUUAGGCUCUUAGGCUAAUUUACUAAUACAAAAAAAAACCAUGAGCACUAUCAAUUAUAACUGCUAGAGCGAAACUUAUAAACAAAGACGUAAGGUUUCUGCAAGAUUUGUAUUAUUUUUUACUAAAGAUGAUUAAAUACACGACAUUUAAUUAAUGAAUAGAAGCAGGCGUCAUUUUGCGGAAUUCCAUGACAUACAAUGAACAUAACCUUUAAUUGUCUAUAUUUAUAUAGAGCAAAGCAAAUGAAGCUUAAUUUGCUAUAUUAUCAGCAAUAUAGCAAAUUUAGAACAAUGUUCAUUGUACACGACAUUUGUUUUUUUAUUUAACAAAGCGAGUCUUGGAAAAUUUACGAGUAUUAAAUAAAAAAAAAACAGCGAAAUCCAUUAAAAUUGCUAAAAAUCUUAUUAAUGGAUUAAACUUUAAGUGUAAUUUUAGUAACGAGCAAUACAUACUUAUUAAAUAUUAAUGACAAUAUAAGGAUAUCCAAUGGUGCCAAUUCUGUUGUACGUACACAAAUCUCUUCACUGUCAAUAUAGUUAAUUGACAGGUCUAAAGGUUAUCCUUUUCACAAUGCCCCCUAUACUAGAUAGAACUACUGUUAUAUCUGUCUACCUUUCGAACCAAUGGCAGAGUCACUACAAACAGACAGACAUGACGUUUCAAAAGUGCUUAUAAGGUGAGCCUACUUGAAUUUUGACAAUAUUGUUUAGUUGACAACAGAAAUGGUACAGAUAUUUUUGGAUAACCAAAGAGGGAAUGUUAUCUUAAAUAAUUAAAAUAUUGUUUUUUUAUCAUUUAUGUAUUCGUUGAUGGUUAUCACUGCAUCUAUCAUAAGACCCAUCAUGUCUCAUCAAGCUCAUAUUAUCUUUACGUUAACUGUCAUCCGUCAUCCUGAGCUUAUUAUAAUCCCAAUGGACACAGGCUCCUCUUGUAGUGAGCGAUUUAUGCCCGUUUUAAUUUAACCUAGAUAUCGUAUAAAUCGAAUGCCUAAUGAUUACGAAGAUGUCUAUAGAAAAAAACGUUUCAACAACUCUUAAGUGAUAACUAUUUGAGAACGGUUGACGUAUGCCUAAGAAUCUAGGAUUAGGCAUUCAUAACCUAUUUAGGCUCGUUAGUAGAAACGGUCAUUAGAGUUCCGACCGUCUUUCUACUCCAAUGCGGGUAAACAUGAACAAUAGCCAUAGAUGAAUAAAAGCAAAUAAACUUUCUUAACUUGGGAAUGCAACAUUCCAAAUAAUCUGACAUUUAGUAUGUUUUGUAAGGACAUAAGUCGAUUUUUGCGGUGACCUUCGAUCAAUAAUCUAAUAUAAAUGUCCCAGAAUCAAAAUCUACAAGGAUAUUUUGUUUCGGUACUGUUACGUUAAAAAAUAUUGUACAUUAACUUAUAACAAAUAAGAUGUUCCGUUUUUUGCUUCGCUCAGACUUUUACCGAACACAUUAAUAGAAAGGUACAAAAUAAAUGCUGUCCUUUUCACAAUUUUUCUUGUGAAAAAGUAUAGCACUAUUUUAAGACUUGUAGAUUUGGCCUAGUUUAGGGCAAAUCGACAAGUCUAAAAAUAUUAGCAAACCUUUUUUACGCCUGACAGCAGAUCUGUAAUAUAUAUUAUUGAAAUGAGAUUUCAAAAGUAAUAUAGGACAGUCAGAUGUUAUAAUUAUCUUACUAUCCAAAAACUAAAAAGAACAUAUAUUGAAACGAGGGCCAUUCAGAAGUUGCACAAGCCGGAAUCUUGGUGAGACUAACU